CUCGGCACGUACUAAGGGGCGGUCGCAGAACUGAUGACGUCAAUAUCCCGCACCUGGAAAUCGCCGGCACAGGCGUGUGGUUGGGUGUGACGGUAGAUAUGGCUUCUCGCAGCCGGAGACCUGAACACAGCGGACCGCCGGAGCUGUUUUAUGACCAGAAUGAAGCCCGGAAAUACGUUCGGAACUCACGGAUGAUUGAUAUUCAGACCAAGAUGACUGAGCGAGCAUUGGAGCUCCUAUGCCUGCCAGAGAAUCAGCCCUGUUAUCUGUUGGAUAUUGGCUGUGGCUCUGGGCUGAGUGGAGAUUACAUCUCAGAAGAGGGGCACUAUUGGGUGGGCAUCGACAUCAGCCCUGCCAUGCUGGAUGCAGCCUUGGACCGAGACACUGAGGGAGACCUGCUUCUGGGGGACAUGGGCCAGGGUGUCCCCUUCAGACCAGGCUCCUUUGAUGGCUGUAUCAGCAUUUCUGCCGUGCAGUGGCUCUGCAAUGCUAACAAGAAGUCAGACGUCCCUGCCAAGCGUCUGUACCGCUUCUUCUCUUCUCUGUACUCUGCUCUUGUCCGUGGGGCCCGAGCUGUCCUGCAGCUGUACCCUGAGAAUUCAGAGCAGUUGGAGCUGAUUACAACCCAGGCCACAAGGGCCGGCUUCACCGGUGGUGUGGUGGUGGACUUCCCUAACAGUGCCAAAGCAAAGAAGUUCUACCUCUGUCUGUUUUCGGGGCCUUCGACCUUCCUGCCAAAGGGGCUGACCGAAAGUCAGGACGCAGAGCAGGCCACCGAGUCCACGUUCACCAGUGAGAGGGCUCCACGUAGGACUGCCCGCCGGGGCCUGGUGAAGAAGAGCCGGGAGUGGGUGCUAGAGAAGAAGGAGCGCCGCAGGCGCCAGGGCAAGGAUGUGAGACCCGACACUCAGUACACAGGCCGAAAGCGCAGGCCUCGCUUCUGAUGGAGCUGGGAGCCCCCACGACCUCCACGUGUUGAGGAGCGCAGCCGUCCACCCCAGAACCUGCCUCUGAGUUCUAACUAUGUUGCAGGACUUAGGAGUCAAUAUUGCAGGGUUUUGGGAAAGU